UACCUCAAGUGGUAUCGCUUCCAACACAUCCCACGUCCCGAUCGAUACCUCGACACUGAAUGCCGUCAAUUGUCGCACUCGUUCGGCUCCUCCAGACUCUACAUCCAGAACAUCACUACCAUCGCUGUCACCGGCACUCUUGUGAUCACUGGUCACCGUUCGGGUGAAGUCUAUGUGAACGACGUGUACAACGGUGUGGAACCGGUGCUCAUCACUCGCCAUAUGGAGCCCAUCAACGACAUAGCGCUCGUCAAUCUCAUGGACGAGGACAUGUUUGAGUUCCACAAACACACACCCAAUGGUCUCAAUGAGGACUAUCCCACGGAUUAUCCGUCGUUCUCAGCCCAUCACCACAUGGUUUCCAUUAGUUUUGACAAACGGGUCAUCACUUCAGUGAUCGCCGACCACAGACUUCACCGUCACUUCGAGAUGUGCGCCCUUUUGGAGCGAAACUUCAUGAAAGUCCGCGUUUGCAGAGACCUGUUGGCCGUCUCUGAUGAGAGUCAGGACGAAGUGUCGCUCUUUCGGAUGUCACUCUCCAAAGUGGGUGUCGUCGGUCUCGACCAUCAACUCAGACUCGAGUUGAUCGCUAAGAUCUCGUGUCCCCAACAGUUCUACAAACGCUGUCCUUUGAAUGAUUGGCUCAAAUCGGCCGACUUUAUCACUAGUAUCGCAUUGUAUGGUUCGGUGCUCGCCUGCGCCUCAUUUCAUGGCUAUGUGUUUGUGCACAGCUUUACUGCUCCCGAACACCUCCAUUACCUCACUCACCACAAGCCUUUGGUCAACAGGAGGGUUACCACCGAUCAGAUUAUCAGUGUUGCCAUUACUGAUAAUGGAUUGGAUCUCAUGGUUGGCGUCGCUACUAAGACCACACUUUAUACCCUCAACUGCAGUCCCAAAGCAAAAUUGUUGGACACUUGCAGUUCGAGUCCUAGUCCUAGUCCUAGUCCUGUCAGUCCUGAGGUGAUUGACAUAUCGAGCUCUUCGAGUGUCCGCUCAUCCGAUGUUGAAGUGAUCGACAUCGAGGACUAA